AUGGGACAAACCCACAACCCACAUCCUCUCUCCCUCUCUCUCUCCAAAACCCCAUCUCCAGAUUUUUUUUCUUAUACGCCAACCGCCGCCUCAAGCCAGCCCCAUCCCCUUGAGUCGUCGCAUCCGCCUUCGCCUCCGCCUCCGCCUCCGUCUGGCUCAAGCAACGUCGCCCCGCGGACGAGAACGUCCGCCGAUCAUCUUCCACCACAUUUGAGUAAUCUCUUUACGAUGUUUCGAAUUCAUUCGGUUGAUUCUAAUUGGAGAAGAAUGCCAAGAUUAAGAGCCACAGACAUUCCUCAACGAUCAUCUCCUCGGGGAAGCCUCAGGACAUCGAGCUCAGAUUCCGAUUCAUUAAAUCACCACACUAGUCCAAGAACUGAUAAAAGUUUGAAACUAUCCAAUGGUCCAUCCUCAAAGACCUCACAACUGAAUACUGUCAACAAAAAGAAACUCGGUAGCCGAAUAGCCGAUUUGGAAUCUCAACUCGGGCAGGCGCAGGACGAGCUCAAAUGUCUCAAAAACAAACUGGUCCCAAUCGAGCCCACCAAAAAAUCAGCCCAGGAGCAGCUCGAUCAGAAACAGCCGAAAAAAUCUCCUGAGAAGACUACACCUCCUCCCAUGGAUGUUUAUGAAGUUCCUGUUCAGAAUGUAGCUGUGGAACUUGAAAUGGAGCCUCCUGGCCAAGAAAAAGAAGAACUUAAAACAAAGCCCAUGAAUCUGUUGCCCAAAGAGCUGGCAUCGGAGGACGAUGAUGAGCUGAACAAGCUGAAGGCCAAGUUGGACGAGAGGGACAAAGAACUCGAAAUCCUCCGUGAAGAAAACGAGAAUAUGAAAACACGGCUUCUUGAGAAGUCUCUCAUGAUAACGUGGGCCGAGUCCGAAAUCGGGGAACUGAAUCUGAGGGUUAGUAAAUUUGAGCAAGAGUUGGAAGACAGUAAAACCGGAGCUGCUCGUAUGGCCGAGAAACUGGAAGAUGCAGAGAAAAGUAAAGAGGAGCUCGAAAACGAGAUGAAGAUGGUGCUCGUGCAGAGCGAACAGUGGAGGAAAGCGGCUGAUGAAGCCGCUAAUAUUCUGGCGGGCGAGAGUUUGGAGACAGGUGGCAGAAGAAUGAUGGUAUCCAAUAGGUGUGGGUCCAUGAACAAGCAACACUACGGAAAAGCCAGUUUUUUUUGGUCACCGGGGUUUGUUGAUGAGGCUGACGAGGGUUUUGGAGGUGGGAAGAAGAAAGGCUCAUCGGGUAUUAGGAUGUUUGUGGGUGAUCUGUGGAAAAAGAAGGGACAAAAAUAG